AUGAGUCGUCCACGCUGUGCUUACGCGUUGUUUCGGUUCAUCGACAACUGGCGCCGCUUCCUGGUGACGGGCGAGAAGCCGCUCCCGAUCACGGGCACCUUCACCGACGUCGAGCCGGCCUACCAGGUCUUCACUGACUACGCCAACGAUAACUGGGGCUGGCUCGUUGAGGACGAUGACGAUGUCGCCGUCGACCCUGACGACGAUGACGCCGAGGAUGUGUCCGACGGGGAAGCGGCUGACCCUGCGCAUGACGACGAUGAAGCCAACCGCGACUGA